AUGAUAUCCUCCAAAUUUCACAUUUUCUUUUUCGUCCUUUUUUUGCUUCAACGAAAUGCUCAGUUGGCCCAAACUCAAGUCCUAGUGGCGGCCCAUCAACAGCGACAAAUUAGUGCCCGAGAAGCAGCUAACCGAGCAAAACAACCUAAUCCUUCUAUUCCUUCCUCGAAUCAUAUUGACAUAACAACCUCGGCUGACGUAUCCACUUCUGGUACGGUUAUUUCAAACUCGACAACGAGCGCUUCUCCGGUCGUAACACUGUCAACAUCGACGGGACCGUCGACUUUAGAUGUAUCCGAUUCACCUAUCGAUGGCUCUCUUCCGACUGCGUCUCAGGACGAUAGCUUGAAGAGCAUCAGUGCGGAUCUGGAUGCCAAAGUAGACGAUGUUCUUGCUCGGAUUCGGGCCGCUGAAGAGCGAAUGGCCGCAGCCGCUGCCGCCUCAGCUGCUACCUGCGCUGCAAAUCGCUCAGGAUUUCUGCAUGUCCCCGACAAAAGUUAUGACAACGGCCAUACAAUCCGCGCAUCAGCAGUGGCGGCUGCAGCUGCGCAUAUUCGGGACGAAGAGGACGAAGAAUCUGUCAUGUCUCGUGUUGAACAGGUUGCUGCAUAUGAAGCCGCGGCUGCUUCCAAGGUUUCUGUCAUACCUACUUCAACCAGACUUGAGAUCACCCCUGGUUUCUCAUCCCCUCCACCUCCACCCCCACCUCCACCUCCAUUUUCCAUGCAAUCAACUAAGUCCUCAAUCUCACCUCUU